UUCUCCGCCUGCUGCAAAGUGACGUUUCACUUGCAAAGGCCAGAUGAAGGAGUCCGUGCAGCUUUGGGGCGAUGGCUUUCUGUGCUUACUGGAAGGAAGUCAUUAAACGUUGUCAUUAGAUUUAUGACUAAUGAUAACGAGAAGCUCUUUCCCUGGAGCUUUGGUAGCAGACAGACCGUGGCUCGGUCACAAGAGCAUUUCAGAAGAUAAUCUAGGUUAGCAAUGGCUUGUCGUGGCUCUCCCGCCCUCUUGCAGUUAAUUGUCUUCCUCUUAGCCUUACUCAACAUUGCGUUUCCUUGGUGGCAGUGAUGACACCCGUUGUUUCUUCACUCCCAAUGACUACACAGGUGCCUCUUGUGGGGUCCUUCCGGUUUGUGGAAGUUGGCAGCGUGGCAAGGAGCCUCAAACUUCAGGCUGGCAGAGGGUUCGUUCGCAAGUACCCAAGACUCACCAAUUGAUGAACUCCCUCCAUCAACUUGGAUUCAGUGGAGAAUAUCCUUCCUCUAGACUCUGGAUAAGAAAAACAGAGCAACAACAGUCUUUGUUAAAAGAAUAACAUGAUUGCUGCAACCAUGUCCCAAAAGGGUGAAAGUAAGAACUUCUCAUUGCUUCACGUUGCGAAGGAAGAUUGCCACGUGGAUUCCGAGUUCAGAUAUACCCUGUUCACUGUCUACUAUAGCAUCAUUUUUAUUCUGGGCUUUAUAGCCAACAGCUAUGUCCUGUGGCUUUUCACACGGGUUUAUGCUACGAAGAAACUAAACGAAAUAAAGAUAUUCAUGGUCAGCUUGACGACAGCCGACCUGCUCUUCCUGAUCACGUUGCCAAUGUGGAUCGUAUAUUACCACUACAGAGGAGACUGGAUCAUGCCCAGCUUUUUGUGUAACUUGGCUGGUUACUUAUUCUUUGUGAACACCUAUUGCUCAGUUGCCUUCCUGGGGGUCAUAACGUACAAUCGGUACCAAGCAGUUACGAAGCCCAUUUCGGCAGCUCAGUCUACCACGCGCAGAAGGGGCAUCUAUGUCACAAUAGCUAUCUGGGUCCUGAUCGCGGGCCCUUCUUCAUACUUCCUGUUUGGCAGCGGCACUACCCAAGAGGGGCAUGUGACACGCUGUUUUGAGCGCUAUGACCCAGAAAGCAGUAACAUCCCUGUCCUUGCCUCCCACAUCGUCAUUUGCAUUUGUUUCUUUAUUACCUUCCUGAUUGUCGUGGUAUGCAAUGCGUCCAUUAUCCGAACACUGCUGUCCCAAAAACCUCAAGCUCGGAAGAGCGCCCACAUCAGGCAAAGGGCGCUCUAUUUGGUGUGCACUGUCAUGAUUGUGUUUGUGGUAUGUUUCGUGCCUCACCACAUUGUGGACCUUCCCUGGACCUUGAUGGUUCUGGGCAAAUGGGAUAUAAGCUGUAGGAGCAAAAGGUGGUGGGAUCACAUCCAUCAGGUGACCUUGUUCCUCCUGGGUGCCAACUGCGUUCUGGAUCCUGUCAUUUACUGCUUCCUCACCAAAAAGUUCAGAAAACACCUUUCUGAGAAUUUGAAAAGCAUAAAGGACAGUCGAAAGUGUUCCAGGCAAACAACAGAGACCACUGUGGAAGGGAUGGUGCCGAUGGAAGAGAGCAUCCGUGCCUCCAUCAAACCUUAAAAGUAUUCUGUUCUGCUUAUGCAGCAGCAAAUACAGGCUGGUGACUGGCACAGACUCUCUGCAUUUCAUCAAGAGCCUGGCAGAUGCACACAGCUUUCCAGCUCUUCCCUAGAUGCAACGGCAGGAACUGAAAUGCACUUAGGAGAGCUAGAACACUGUGACUCAGGAAGAACAUGGACUAUCUAAGUUGUCUUUUGUUGUUGUAACAAAAGGGAAAUGCUUGGAAUCACUUAUGAUGUCUUUUAAAAAGAUGGGCAUUGCAUUCGUUUUCUGGUUCAGAUCCAGAUUGUAGUGACAUUUAGUUCCAUAAUUUCAUCCUGAAGCUAGCUCAGAACUCUCUGGAGAGGGUUGGGCAUCAGGAAUGGGCACCCCUGGGCACCUGCUGAGAUUUGUCUCUCAUCUCAAAGCCCACUGCCAACCCUUAGAGCCUCCUGGCUUUCUACUUAUUCCCCCAGAGUGAUAGAGCUAUCUCAGCUGUGAUAGGAACAAGGAAAAUGAACAGCAGAUUGGGCCUACAGCAGUGAAAAGCUGGUCAAUAAGGGCAAAUGGGGCACAACCCCACAAAUUUGAGCCUGCUCCCACCUGCCUGCUUUCUUUUUUUACACCUGGCCAGGGAUGGUUCUGGCUCCUACUGCUGGUUCCCCUGACUUUCACUCAGUGGGCACCAGCCACCUGACCCAGAGAAAGAUAAUUGACUGGCAACAGUGACAGUGGCAUAGAGAAGGUGGCCCUGUCAGGGAGGAGGCUCCACUGAAGGCAUCUAACCUAAAACAUGCACACUUCCCCCAAUUGCUCUUGAAUUAAUACCAUUUGGGCUCCAAACUAUUGCAACACUUAGUGGCCAUAGAACAGGGGUGGGGAGCCUGUAGCACUCCAGACUUUGCUAGAUUACAUCUUCCAUCAUCCCUGAUCACUAGUCAUGUUGACUGGUAGUUGAGUCCAGCAACAACUGGAGGGCCAUGUUCUCCAUCUCUACCAUAGGCUGUCAUCCAGAAAUCAUCAUAAUCUGAGAGCAGAGAUUUUGCAUAAAUUUACCUACGGGUCUCAGGUGUGCAUUCAACGUACACAGGGUAGAAAUUUCAGGAACUGAGGGGAGGAAAGGAAUGGGUUCAGGAAUGGACCAUAGCUCAGGGGCUGAGAACAUGCUUUUGCUACAACCAGGUCAUUGCCUGAUUAACGUUCUAUGGCCUUGUAAAUGUUUUUGUGGGAAGGGGGGAUGUUAUCGGUUUG